AUCUCCAUUUGUUACAAGAAUCGCCCAGAAUCGCCCCGAACCGCUCAGACCAUUCAUUAUCCACCAUGAACAACUCGUCGCGCCAAAAUUCCAAUGCCACUCGAAACUCGAGCCCCAAUCCAAGGAACGGUGCGUUCAAGCCUCGGAAGAGGGGAACCAGAGGGGCUCGCAGGGCUGGCUCUCCCGGGAAUAACUCGACGGCCAACAACAGUUCUACACAACAAAAAGGACAGGACAUCAAGGAUCCCGUCGCCCGUCAACAAAUGAAACAAACCAUGGCAAUCGCCCUCAUCACCACUCCCGUGGUUCCUUUACCGUUUCCUCUUUCCGUUAUCCUGGGGUUAACAACACUCAUAUACCCCAGCGACGCGAAAAACCGAGAUGAGGAAUAGCCUUCUCCUCCCAUGAGGCAACGCGCUAGCCAUGCAUCAGGAGAUUUAGGUUCAAAUCACGAGUUUGACCAAACCUCAACACCAUUUGAUAUGCUCCAGAUUGGGCUGCUUUGAGAAUGGAGAGAAAGGCUCCAGUAAAUCCAAUUUCGCGACCUGGCAGGAUCAGUCGUGGAAGAACACCACCAACGCAGACACCGACCUAGGGCAUGAAGAAGGUGCCUUCGUCGGAGGACAGUUUAUGAUCCCAAGUGGAGCAAGAUUGGACAUAAAAUUAUAUCUGUCUAUAAUACCAAAAUC